AUGGCAGGGACAGCUAUACUUUAUUUUGAAAACGAAGCGGUGGCAGCGGUUAAUGUGGAAAAAGAAACUGGACUUCACCAUCGAGCAGUUGAUCGGGAAACAGAGGUUAUAUGCUCGUUUGAAGGAAUGUUGGAUAAUGCUCCCAAAAAUAUACCCUUGUAUUGUCCCGACUCAGAAGGAAACCAGUAUCUAAAUCAAUUGCAGAAGGGCGACUUUCUAACGUGGAGCCGCAGUCAGGUUCAAGAACCCGGCCCUUAUCGGAGAACGUUUGAUAAGGAGCAAGUAACGUCUGUGGAAAGCGAUAGUACCGAAGACUCUGAUGACGAUUGUUGGGAUGUUUCUAACUACGAGCCAACGGAUAUGGAGUAUGAUUAUCUACAAUCCACUCUUUCUGACUCUUCAAUGGAAAUGAUGUGUGACAAUCAAGAGAACGAAAAUCCAUACAAGUUGCAAAGAACAAACAGAAAAGGUCAGCAACUUUCAAUUACUUUAUGGAUUAACUACCAUGUAAUAUGUACAAAAAAUGAUCCUAAAGACGUAUUAAUGAACUUUGUCUCAUUGGCUGUGAUGUUAGGUUUGGAUUAUUCCUUAUUUGCUUCCAAAUACGUUGCGUACUUUAUUGCCAAGCAUUUCCCAGAAUGUAAGAAUUUGUUCACUGAAGAAAACGUUUUGGAGCACAUCACUGCAUCUGCCACCAUGGUGAGAGAGCAGCUUCGUAAAUUCUUUGAUACCCAUAACCUAGACCUGUUGCCUAGGCGUGUGGGAACAGAGGAUCUCCUGGGUGCAAAUCUUCUUGCUUAUAUUGUUACCCGCUUUACAAAAUUGAAGAAAGUCAGAUUGCCUUGGGUAUCUAUAGAAACUGAGAGCUGGACUCCAAACAACCGGAACAGUUGUAUCAGUGUUACGCUCAGUUUGGUUACCGGAGAUAUGGAGAGAGCUGUCUUUCCGAUUUACUUCGAAGAAGUCAAAACAAUGAAGAAGAAGGCGUUAACAGAAACUUUACUGUCGCACAUCAGAAAGCUCUCUGUAUCAAAAUUCGUGACCUCCUGUUGCACUGAUGAUGAAUCUGCUUUAAUAAAAGCAACUGAUUUGUUUAAAGAAAACGAACAAUUUCCCUUUUUCAAUUCUCACAGCGAUUGUGCGGUACAAAUUCAACAUUUUGUAAAAGCGUUACUUGGUGAUAUUACUGAAAACUUGCAAAGAGAUACUGGAGAUUCAGGUUUGGGAAAUGGUGCAGAUGAUCUUGACUGUUUUCCUCAUUUCUGCUCAGUGCAUAUUGUCCGAAGUCUGAUAAAACUGUCCAUAAAGUUGAAAAACUCUUUCAAUUUGGAGGACGAUUUCACAGACUAUAUGGAGACAAUACCACCGUUGUAUUGCGAAACCAGAUGGGAUUCGAUCUUUUAUCUAUUGGAACAUUUUUUGGAGAAUGUGGAAGGAUAUGAAAAGUUCAAAGUUAGCAUGAGCCGUGAUCAUAAAUUCCUUUUCGACUUUUGCGAAACGGAUGUUUUAACCACUAAGAUUUUACAUGAAGCUAUGAAACCCUUCGCAUCUUUGACAAAGCUAUUAUCCUUGAACAAGCCUGCUAGUAUUUGUUAUUUCCCGUUACUACUAUAUUGUGAGGAAAUGUCAUCGGAAUGUGCUAGUAGAUUAAGCAAACUCUUAGGAAGACCAGUAGAACUUCAAAAGUUCAAAGCGAAGUAUGAAAAGUACUACGCAAAAGCCUGUGCUUCUAACUACAUUCAUAUGUUGACUGCAUUAUUUCAUCAUGAUGGUGUGAAAGUUUUUAAAAUUUUCAGAACGCUAUCUGUUGAUCCAUACUCUGCACUGGCCGACGUUGCAUUCAAAAUAAUGAAUUAUGAAAUAAUUGAAAAUGGAGCUGAGAACAGUAAGGCAGAAGGUGAUGUUUCCAGCGAUGAACGUCAUGAUUUUAUGGAGAUGAAAGAGGUCGAAGGGGUUUUCGCUGAGUCUAAUUUCGUCAAGGAGUUUAAAGGAACUACGAGGGAACACUUGCUCAAAGAAAUUAAAGAAUUUAGGCAAUUCUGGAUGUCGGUAUUCGAUAGAACGGUAACGCGUCUGGAGCAUGAGUUGGACGUGGAUAUUCGUAUUCUAGAUUAUUGUGAUUUUGAGUUACCACCAGGAAGUGCCAGCGAAUUCCACACUGUUGAUGUAUUUUGUUUGAGAACACUGCUUUCCUGGGAUAUCAUAUCGCAGUACCUAGAUGCUACCAGAUACGAUGGAAACAAUUCGAGGGUAAGGGUUUGGCACCACACUAUUCUGCCAAAUGUUCUGGAUUACCUUCUCAGCAUCAAUGUCACCUCUGUUAACAGUGAAGAGAGCUUCAGCAAAUUUAAAAAGAUGUUCAACAAGAGAAGGGAGUCUCUGGGCGAUGAAAGUGCUAUUAAUGAACUACUUCUGAGAAGUACCAUCACCUCAUUGAAUCUCGACUUGUCUGUUGAAGAAAUCAAAGAGAUAGGGCUAAAGGAGCUUUUGGACUGUAAUUGGUAA